CCGUUUCCAUGGAAGACAAAGGCAGAAGAGGCACAGAGGCAAGAGGCACAGAGGCUCUACUGUCGGCUCUCACAGCAGAACAGUGCACGUUACCCUCUGAUCAAACAGCCGUCCCUAAACCGUCCGACUGAUCCCUCCGUGCGUCCAGCGGCGAGCACCAAAUGGCCGUACCUGACGCGCCGCUGAGCCCCGAGCCUGUGAGGUUCGGCAUCCUAGGCACGGCGAGGAUCGCGCGGAAGGUGAUUCGCGCGAUGCACAGCGUGCCGGGGGUCGCCCCGUACGCCAUAGGCAGUCGCUCGUUCGACCGAGCCGCGCAGUUUGCUAGGGAGGUCGGCAUGGCCGACGACGCCGCGAUUUACGGCAACUACGCUGACGUCAUCGCGGACCCGCUAGUGGACGCCGUUUAUAUCCCGCUGCCGACCGGGCUCCACGUGGAAUGGGUGGUGAAAGCCGCGAAUCACGGAAAGCACAUUCUGCUGGAAAAACCCGUGGCGCUGAAUGUGGACGACCUUAAUGCGAUGAUCGCAGCCGUCGAUACGGCGGGGGUUCAGAUCAUGGAUGCCACGAUGUGGAUGCACAACCCGCGGGCAGCCGAAAUGAAAGCGGUCAUGCGGGACAGAAAAGAUUUUGGGCAGCUGAUGCGCGUGACGUCGAAUUUCUUCUUCCCGGGAUCGGAGGAAUUCAUGCAGAAGGACAUUCGGCUGAAGAAGGAUCUGGACGGGCUGGGGUGCUUGGGAGAUAUCGGGUGGUACUGCGUGCGCGCGUCGCUCUGGGCUGCGGAUUUCGAGCUUCCGUACAGAGUGAUUGGUCUCCCUGAUGCGAAGGUCAACGAAGAAGGCGUUUUGAUUCGCUGCGGUGGUUACCUGUGCUGGCGAAACGGGCUAACGGGUCUCUUCCAGUGCGGAUUCGAUUCUCUUGACUCUCAGCGGCUUGAGUUGGCGUUCUCCCGCGCUACAGUCACCCUCGACGACCUCACCAUUCCCUUCCAGGAAGAUAAGUGCGAAUUUGUGAUUGAAAAGGGGUCCAAGUGGCCGAAUCCAAGUCUGGGGGUGAAAUCGACGGUAGAGAGGAGGGAGAUCGUGCUGACGUGGACGCAGGAGGCGAUGAUGGUUGCUGAGCUGGCACGGAUCGUGAGGGGGGUGAGAGGGGGGGAAGGCAAGGCGGCAUUGGAUGGGAGAUGGGUUGACAUGAUGGCGAAGACGCAGCGCGUGGUGUGCGCCGUGCACGACUCCAUAGCGCAGGGGGGGACGCCGGUGCUGCUUGAAGGCCAAUAGUACCGGUAAAUACUAAGUUUCAAAUGGGUGGGGGACGCUGGUGCAGAUUUAGGGUCAAUGGUACAUACCAACGAUGGGGUAUUCGCCGUGCAUGACUCCAUAGCGCAGGGGGGGACGCCUGACCUGGUUGGUAGUGAUUCUGAACGGCUUCAGCCGGUAGGGAACGGUACAGAAUAGAGGUUGAUAUGAACUAGGUAUGGGAUGAUGAUUUUGAGUGUAGCAAGACUCUGUAUAGUGUUAAAUUGUAGAGAGAAUUAUGAAUUAAGGAAAGUGUUGAGGGUAACAAAGGUAGGACUGUACC